UCGCUUUCCAUAAAAGCACAGCAGCAGCUGGCCGAUGAUGAGCGUAGCCAAAUCAGGCACCGGAAGCUUAAGUCGUUUAAGCUCAACUUCUGAAGUUAAAAGCUUUCAAUAUCAGUAGUAGAGGCACACGCUAUCAAAUUAAGCCGGCGUCUUCUCCCUGGCCAGAUUAAUGCUCAUUUUAGCGUACCAUGCGGAUUUUGCUUGACUGCUGCUGAGGAUAUGCAUGCAAAGCAGACGUAUAUGGCUGUUACGUGUAAUCUACCUCAGAUGGCAUAUUACUGAAGGAGAGGUAGGGAUGCCGGAGUAGGAACUAGUAUCAAGUACAAGUAAGCAAGUGAGCACCGAGCCGCAUUGUUGUGUUCUUCCCCUUCCAGUUGCUUCAGAAGGGCUGUUGUCCAGAUAAUUCCAUAAAACGUUGGAAAAACUAGUCUACCCUGAUUACGAACUAGUGCACUACUACUUGUCCGCACUAGACGACGCCAAGCGCUUAACAGGAGAUUACCGGAUGGCAACCGAAACCCCUAUAGACAUGCUUCGUCACCAGCGGUCUCAGCAGGUGCAGCAGCGAGCUGGCGGGCCCAGCCGGAAGCUGCUCGGGCCAAGCGACAAGCAGCAGCAGGCCAGCAGCAGCAGCGGCGGGCCGCCCCCGCUGGUGAAGCUCUUCCAGCAGCAGCCGAGCAAGCGCGGGCAGCGGCCCCCGGUCAUGCGGUCCUGCACGGGCGACGUGGGCCGGCACAAGCACCUGGUGCUCCCCUGGCCGCUGCUGUGGGAGCUGUCGGCGGAGCAGCGCCACGGCGGGCAGCCCGUGCGCACGGCUGUGGUGUUCCCUGCUGCUGCUGGAGCCGCGGAGGAGGAGGAGGAGGAGGACGCCUCGGCGCCGCGCCGCCCCACCCAGCAGCACGAGCAGCGGCUGUGCUGCCGCAUCGGCCCCACUGGCUCGCACGGCGCGCUGGCCCUGCAGGUGCCUGUGAGUGCGCGCAUGCACAUGCGGCCGCUGCUGCACGUGGGGCUCAGGCCCGACCUCACACUGGAGCUGGCGCUGGGGCCGCAGCCGCAGGAGGCAGCGGCGGAGGCGGCGGCGGGGGAGUGGGAGGCGGGGGAGGCAGGGGAGUGGGAGGCGGGGGCGGUGGAAGGGGAGAAGGGACAGGCGGAGCCAGCGCCAGCGGUGGAGUCUGUGGUACGGUCGGCGCUUGAGGCAGCACAGGGAACGGGGCAGGCGGCGGCUGCACCCGCAGCUGCGGCGACCCCGCUGCAUGCAGAUAGGGGCGGGGGCAUGUGGGCGGCGGCGGGAACCGUGGGCGGCGGUAGGAAGCGGAGUAGGCAGCAGCAGCAGCAGCAACAGGGCGACCCGUCAAGCAGAAGCGGCAGCGGUGGCAGCGGCGGCAGUUCGGGCGUCGGCAGUAGUGGCAUCAGCAGCAUCGGCGAGGGCGGGGGGGAGGGCAGUAAUAAGCGGCACUGCCAUGCACCAGAUGGGGUAGCAGCAGGGCCUGACAGGGCCUUGCCUCGCGCCUUUGGUGGGGAAGCGGCACGGCGGCCGCGGGGCGAUGUGGGGUUGUCGGUCGAGGAGGUGGGCGCGGGGCUUUCCCCCCCGGUUUCAUUUGCAGCAGCAACUGCAGAAGCAGCCCGCAGCAAGCCACCCGCAAGCCAGCAUGUGCCGCCGUCACGGUUGCCGUCGCCGCACUCCCCAGCGGGGCCGCUGCCGCCGCCGCCUCGUGAGCCGGAGCCGGAGCCGGCUGAGCUGCAGGCGGUGUGGCGGCUGAUGCUGCAAGUGCCCGCCGCCCAGAUGCAGGCGGCACACGCGCUGGAACGUAGGCGGGCGGUGCUGGCGGCGGCGGCGGCCUCGCCCGCUGCCGUGCCUGCUGCCGAUGGCGGGCCUGCCCUGAGCCGCUUCAGGUGUAGUCUGCGGGAGGUGGUGGGGCUGCUGUUGCGAGCCCGGGUCGCCACCCUGCUGCCCGCCACCCGCCUCAGCUGCGGGCCUGGAGCAGGCGGUCGCGGGGCCUGCCGCUGCGGCGCCCUGCGCCUGCUGGGUAGCUGUGCGCCCGCCCUCCCCUGCUGCUGCUGGCGCUCCGCCGCGCACUACCUGGUCGCCGCGUGUGAGGCGGUGGCGGACUGCUACGGAGCGCUGGCGGAUGCGGCGGAGCGGGACGCGGAGGAGGGCAGCGGGCGGGGGGUGCAGCAGCUGGGGCAGGAGGAACACAAGCGGAAGCAGGCGUCGGGGAAUGGGGAGGAGGAAGUGUGGGACGAGCAGGAGGAAGAGGAGGAAUGGGACGACGACGAAGAGGAGGACAGGAAGCAGGAGUCGGUGGAUCGAGUUGCCCCGCGCGCGGCAGGCAGCGGUGGGCGCGGCACUUCCUCCGCAGCUGCCGCGCCUCCUGCUGUCGCUGCUGGCUGCUCCGCGGCUGAGCAGCUGGCGGGCCGCAUGGAGGGUGCCGUGGAGGCGGUGCGGGACGUGCUGGCGGAGGCGCUGGGCAGGCUGUGGCGGCAGCAGCACUAGCAGCAGCAGUGACGCAAGCGCAGGGGCGUCAUUAGAAGCAGCUUAGUGCGUUUGGAUGCAGGGGUGGCACUGAUAGCAAGCUGUGAUGGAUAGGAUACGGCAUUGUUAUAUGCGGACAUGACAAUGGCGGGCGGGUGCGAACCGCAAUGGACGGCCGGAUGGAGGAUAUGGCUGACUAGCAUGUGAGGCUGAUGCAACGUGCUGCAUGCGGAAGGGUAGGUCCUUCCGCCCUCCACAGUGCGUGCCUGUCCAUGCGCCUGCCCCCGUAACCUGUGUUGCGUGAUGAUGAUGCAUUGUGUUACUCUUGCAUGAUUGCGCGCCCGAAGGGGAAAAGCAGGCGGGAAGGGCGUGUGGGAUGAGAAGGCGGCAGGGCGCAGCUGCGGUACGACAGCCUCGCGGCUGAAGGGCCCGCCCCCACCACCUCGCCACAAGCCGUUGGCUGCUCCCCUGUGUUGGGCGCUGGGAAGCAGUCAGUAGUGGCGGCCGCAGCUGCUGCGGUCGCGGUCGCGGCGGCCAGCCUGUCACAGACAUGGCUUAGAGACGAAGCGCGUGACCGGGCAGGUGGCUGGUGGUGGCAGGAGGCGUGACUCGGCGGAGCGUGGGGCGUCUGGGGGCGAGUCAGUGCGAGUCGGCUGGCUGACAUGAUGUCUCGCAAUGCCGUGACCCCCGGUGCACCAUGUGUCGCGAAAGGAUAAGGCUUAAGUGUGAAUGUAGCCUUUCCCUGACCUUUG